CAGUGGAGCGUGCAAACUUAUUUUGGCUUUGACGUCAGGUAAGUGAAACACCCCUUCAUCCUGCUCCUGAGCGCGUCUGCUGAGGUGCGCACUCAGCGCGCAGCUCGGCCCGCCUGGACACUGCAGUGUAGGUUACCGUGACAUCGCUGCGGCUGCUCGCUCCCGACACCACGUCCCGCUGCAGACUUCCCGGGCCCGGGGAGAACAGGGGAGAGGGAAACGCUGAAAGCCAUGGCCGAGUCCAACCCGCUGCGGGGGUUCCCCCGUCUGCGCCGGGCCGCGACCUCAUUUCCAGGCAAUCUGCAUUUGGUCUUGGUGCUCCGCCCCACCGGCUUGUUAAGCACCACCCCCAGUCCAUCUUCAAGCACUGACCUGGGCUUUCGCUUCAGCCAGGAUGACUUCCUGUUAAAGAUGCCGGUGGUGAUGCUGCGUUCAGUUGGUGACCUGCUGCGCUACAUCGAUGAAAACCACCUGACAUCAGACUUCACUGCAAAAGUGGAGUAUUGCCAAAGUGACUGGAUCGUCCUCCGCACGGCCAUUGAGACCUUUGCGGUGACAGUGAAGGAGAUCGCCCAGCUGCUGCAGGGCUUUGGAUCAGAGCUGUCUGAGACCGAACUUCCAGAUGAAGCUAAUGCCAUCGAGUUCCUGCUGCACUCACACACACACCGAUACCAACAGAUGAAGGACAAUAUCCGGAAUGUGCUGAAAGAAGGACGGCUGCUGCUGUCGAACCUGGAAACAGUCAAGGCCUCUAAGAGAGAUGUAGAGGAGGAGAGGGACAUAAGAGCAGACAUGGACACUGUUCAGAGGCUCCUAGCCCAACUCAGAGACAUGGAGGAAGCGUUUGAUGGCUUCUUUGAGAAACACCACCUGAAGAUGCAGCAGUACCUCCAGCUGCUGCACUAUGAAAUGAGUUUCCAGCAGAUGGAUGAGGUGCUGGAGAGGCUCACUGACCAGGAAAAGGACAUUGCCUUUGUGGGAACCACGGUGGUUCAGACGGAACAACUAUUGCGGGACCUGGAGACGCUGGACGCACACGCUCAGGAGGAGAUGGCUCGAGCCCAGGUGGUGAUUCUGCAUGGUCACCAGUUGGCCGCCAACCACCACUACGCUCUGGCGCUCAUUGUCCAGCGCUGCAAUGAGCUGCGACAUCACUGUGAUGUCAUCACUACUGCCAUACGCACCAAGCGGGCCUCGCUCACUCGAGCACGAGACCUGCUGCUCCGGCUUGAAGGGGCCCUCCGGUGGUGUGACGAGGGCGCCUAUCUUCUGGCCAGUCAGAUGGUGGACAAGUUCCAAACGCGAGAGGGAGCUCAGGAGGCACUGCAGUACCUGAGCUGUCACCAGGAGAGGGCGCCGUCCGCACUGAAAAACAGCCAGGACACUCUGAGCCUGGAGUUUGAAGCCAUACUCACCCCACAGCUGCAGUCCCAAAUUUUCAUGGUAACAGAGAAGCUGAACUCGGUGCAGUCCAUGAUCAGAAACAGAGAGCAGUGUCUAAGGAAGCUGGCGGAUGUACAGGUCAGACCAAUUCAGCUGGUGGCCCCCAGGCCCGAACCCGACCAGACCUUGCAGCGCUGCAAGUCACCCCUCUUCUCCCCCAAACAUGGUGUAGACUUUAACGUCCUGAACUCCAAGUUCUCCUUUGACCUGCUUCCUGGCAAGAGAGCCGCGAGGAAGAACAACAGCCAACGUAAGAUUGAGGUAAUACAUGAUUUCCAAGGCAACCGCAGCUGUCUGUAUGGCCCCACCCUUGAAACAGAUUCAGAGACAGAAGACAAUCCAGAGCAGGUCACACGUCAUAUUAUGAAAGAACUGAUAGCUACAGAGAGGAUCUAUGUGGACGAGCUGCUCUCUGUCCUUCUGGGCUACAGGGCAGAAAUGGAGGACCCAUCCAUGUCUAAUCUUCUUCCUUCAGCUCUGCGCAGCCAGAAGGACGUUCUGUUUGGCAACAUGCCAGAGAUUUACCAGUUCCACAGCAGGAUUUUCCUCCAAGAUCUGCAGGGUUGCCUGGAGACACCAGAGAGGGUGGGGUCUUGCUUCCUGCAACGGAAAGAGAAGUUCCAGGUGUAUGAGCGUUACUGCCAAAACAAGCCUCGCUCUGAGUUGCUAUGGAGACAGUGUUCCGAUUCGCCCUUCUUUCAGGAGUGCCAGAAGAAGCUGGACCACAAGCUGGGUCUGGACUCUUACCUCCUGAAACCAGUCCAACGCCUCACCAAGUACCAGCUGCUACUCAAGGAGCUGUUGAAGCACUGUAUGGAGGAGCGAUAUCGCUGUGAACUCCAGGAGGCUCUGGACUCCAUGCUGGAGCUGCUGAAGUCUGUCAAUGACUCCAUGCAUCAGAUAGCCAUCACUGGAUAUCAGGGUGACCUCACCCAGCUGGGCCGAGUGGUGAUGCAGGGAGGCUUCAGCGUGUGGAUCAGCCAUAAGAGGGCAGCGGUGCGAAUGAAGGAGCUGGCCAGGUUCAAACCCAUGCAGAGACAUCUCUUCCUUUAUGACCAUGCCCUGCUCUUCUGCAAGCGCAGAGACGAGGACACUCAUGACAGGACACCCUUCUACAGCUUCAAAUCCUGCCUCAGAAUGAGUGCAGUGGGAAUCACAGAAAAUGUGAAAGGCGAUGUGAAGAAAUUUGAAAUCUGGUACAGUGGCAGAGAAGUAGUGUACAUAGUUCAGGCUCCCACAUUGGAGGUCAAAGUUGCCUGGCUGACAGAGAUUCGAAAAAUUCUCACCAACCAGCAGAGACUGCGUCAUGAUGAGGCUCCUUCUCUUCCACUUUCAGAUAACCCCCUCUCUGACAGUGCAUCAGAGAUGUGUGUGUCGUGGGGCGGAGCGUCGGUGGGAGGCUGCUCAGCGUGUUUCCCUGUUCCUCACAGCUCCUCUGCAACAAGCCACUCCCACAGGUUCAGAGGGGAGGAGUCAAUACACACUAGCCCCGCCCACUCCGACCCCGUGGUUCACUCACCUCGACGCACUUGGCCUGUCCCUGCCCACUCAGUGGCGAUCUGUGAGGGCCUGGAGGACUGGGGUGCAGCUACAGACCUCUCCAACUUAUCAGACUCAGACGAGGAGGAUCAGCCCUCCCCCCUGGUGGCGGGCAGGUACAGGGUCAUGGUAGAGAGCAGCAUGGCCAGCACUGAUGACAUCAUUUUUAACUGCGGUGAUGUCAUCCAGCUGCUGCAUGAGGAUAUGUCAGGAAUGUGGAUGGUGAGGAAUAUAAGUCGUGGUGAAGAAGGGCAUGUUCCACCUGAGGACCUGCACAGGAUUCUGGGCGAGACCUGCUAAGAGCCAAUCAGAACAGAGGAUAGAUGACGCCUGUGUCCAUUCUCAUCCUGGAGACACCCUUUCUCUGAAUACCCCUCCACACACACACACACACACACACACACACACACACAGAGACUCACAUAUUCCAUCAACUUCCUGACCGAAAGGGGGCAUCUGACUCUGCCGAGAAAUUAAUUAGACCAUCAGAUUGAAGCACAUCAACCGCAUAUUAUACUCCUCAAACUACUGUGACACAUUCACCUCAGAAGGCUGUAAACUACAGAACGGACCUCAGAAGACCGUAACAAUGCAGAGAACAUAUAAGGGACCUUACACAACCGCCGGCUUCUUUUUCUUUAUAUAUCUUUUCCAGCGUAAUACAGUACAUUAUUUGGACUUGGGGUUAGAACUGAAGACCUUGAACAGGGGAUUUUAUUCAUAGGUACAGAACAGACUUUUGUUUAAGACUUCAAGUUUUAUCGUUUCUAUUUUCUUAUGAAAUAUCACAGAAAUCACGCAUAUGUUUACUGACAUAUCAUGACUGAUCAUGUGCCAAAAACAGCUCAGCUAAUUAUUGUGGCUUCUUUUUGUAUAACUUUAUUAUGCUUAUUUGCUUUACCUCGUGGUGUCGUUGUUUUCAAUGAAUUUAAACCCUCUUUCUUUCCUACAGCAGCCAGCUAGGUCACUAGAGGGUAUGCAUGUGAUGUUACCAAAUGUCGAAAUUGCCAUGGUUACUCCACCUCUUAGUGGCAAAAGCAAACAUUUAGCAUCUGCCGGGUGCUAUCACAUGACAAAAAAAAACAAGGCAAGAAAAGAAACUUGUCAAUGUUAAAUCCCCAUUUACAGCAAGCUCAGUGGUGUUGGUUAUAGAUGUACAUGUGAAAAUGUCAUUGCAUAUCCUCUAUAGACCUAACUUUUUUGACAUAUAGCAGGAAAAGUAAAGGUGUAAUUAAUAACAUUAAUGCAUUCUAUUUUGCCUCCGUCUUGUGCACGGUACCCCAGUGGGAAAUUUCAAUGGAGCGGAGCCAUCGGAAAUGUUAUUUCCUCCUGUGCUUCUCCUGCUAUGACAAGUGAAAAUGUUUCCUGUGAAAAAAAAGGUCUACUGACGCAGCCAUGGUAGAGUGCUCAUGAUGAACUUUCUAGGUCUGGGGAAAGCACUGCAGUACUAACUCAGUGAUGGACUUCUACAUUGGCUGUCAUUGUAGCUGGUUGCUGGUUGGCAGUGUGGAGAGCUUUGAUACAUAAAUUGCAGAUAUUUCAAAAGUGAGUUAAUUUGCCUAUUUAUUCUUUACUUUUGCUGAAGUUGAUGGUGAUAAUGUGUUAUUUUUGUUGUUUUACACCAACAGGGAAACUAUGCUCAGUGUUGGGUAGUAACUGUAAAUAGAGUAGUGUAGAAUCAUAAUUGCCAGCUGAACUAUUACAGUCACAUUGUGGAUUCAUGAAAUAUUUAUUUUAAAUUUGGGGAGCUGAAUUAACGAGAAAAAUAUAACAGGAGACAAUUUUAAUAUCUUUAAAACUGCCUGGUUUUAAAACUGCCCAGACUGAUUUUCUUUACACUAACAGUUAAGCAGCUUUCAAACAAAGUGUGAAAAGUGGUUAUGAAAACACUGCCACUUUACCGCCAUAUGUGCUGAGGGUUUAUCUCUGAAGGGCAGACAAAUACAGUAUAAUUACUUAAGUUAAUGACAGCUUGUGGAGUCAACUACAGUUGACAUAUGAAUAUGUGAAUACGUAAAUGGUAAAAGUCUAAAUUUUGGAUGUUAAACACAACUUUGGACAAUAGUCGUCUAAAUGGAAACACUUGUUUGGACAGUCAGAUGUUGACACUCAGCUAUCAAGUGACAAAAGGUACAUUAUUCUUACAGUAUUUGUUGCAUCUCUGGACUAUAUCAAUCUAAUCCUGCUGGUUACACUAAACCUAAGAUUAACUUUAAUACUAGAAUAAGGAUUCAUUUUCACAGUGUUUAACACCCACAGUGGCAACACUAUCGUCACUUGAUAGUGAGUGCCAGACUGUCUAAAUAAGGUGUGUCUAGUAAAACUCAUUAAUGAGUAAUAUAUAAUCAUGUUAAAUUUAUUCCACCCAACAGCGGCUAUACUGUAACAUCAGAAGUUAUUAAUGGAUUUGUUCAGUCAGGCUAUAUGUCCUUUCCACAGUAGUAAGUGGUGUUGGCUACUUUUGCUCAUUUUGCACUUUUGUUGAUAUUUUGAAUCAUUGUGAAGGCUUGUAUUAUAAUGCAUAUGAUUAUUUUCCAAAAUAUAAGCACAGGAUUAUUUGAUUUGA